UUCCAUUAGUAAGUUGCUGGUUGGCCAGUUUAAAAUGACGACACACGUGUGCGGAAACAGUGUUCAGUGAUCUCUACUGGCGUGUGUGCGUUUGGUUGGGUUUCGAGUUUCACAUAUAUCUGAUAUUUGACAAAAUUAUUAGGAUUCGAUUUUUUUUCACAACUAAUCAGCUUACGAUGUCUGCUACUUGCAACAGUGCUGAUCAUUUCAACAAACUCCAACAACAGAUAUCUGUCAUGCGAAAAGAAAUCAAAAACCUCAGGCAGUUAUUGGACAGUGCUGUUCGUUCACAUCGAAAACACAUGACAUCACUACAGUCUGCUUUGACACACACUGGCCAGGAUGCAGCCCCCAAAAGGCAGCCAAUACCACAGACAGAAAGAAUGACACAGAAUUCACUUGAGAAAGGGACCAUACAGACUGUCCCCAUAGGUUACAUCAGCUCCUGCUUCUCGGCGAAGAAUGGCACCCCCAGACAGCCCACCAUCUGUGGGCCAUCCAGGGCCACUCUCCAGAUCCGGCGGAGUGUCUUCAACAACCCCGAACACUCGCUAAUCGGCCUGGAGAACUACUCCCAUGUCUGGGUCGUCUUCCUCUUUCAUGAGAACGGCCACCUGAGUUAUAAGGCCAAGGUGACGCCUCCCAGACUGAACGGCCAGAAGGUUGGCGUGUACUCCACACGUAGCCCCCACCGGCCCAACGCACUGGGCUUGACGCUGGCCAAGUUGGACAAGGUCGCAGGUGACACACUCCACCUGUCUGAGGUAGACAUGAUUGCCGGCACCCCUGUCCUGGACAUCAAGCCCUUCAUCCCUGACUAUGACUCACCACUACACAGGCCGAAUGUGGACUCCGAUAAGAGUGGGCUCCAACCUGAGGGAACUACAUGUGCUGAGUGUGUGGGUUCAGACUUUGUAGCCCCUUCUCCGUGUACUGACAACGCCCAGCUGGCCUUGGAGGUUGAGGGAAAGGAUGGAGGGCAUGGUCAAAGUGCGGACCCCAGGCUAUUAAACAGGAAGGAGAAAUCCAACGUUCUAAGUCCAGGCGACGCCUCCAGCACUUCUGUGCCUGAAGCCCUGGGCAAAGACUUAAGCACCGUCCUGGAGGAGCUCAGUGCCUUUAUCAGCCAGGGAAAUGACCACCUCAAUCUGGGGAGCUCCUCAAGAGAGUCCCAGGCCUCUGAUGGGCGUAAAGCCAAGCCUUUAAAGCAAGAGGAGGAUGGUGCGAAGCCUUGCUAUGGAGAAGAGGCCUAUAGCACCAUCGCUGGCUGGAUCAGGGAGCCUCCUGUAACCAGUCUAGAGGUGCGUUUCACCCCCCAGGCCGAGAGAGAUUUGGGAGUAUUCCUUGGUCCAGACAGUGCAGAACCUCCAGGAUGUAAUCAGCCCCGGUUUAAGUUCCUGCGCGGUCCAAAAGAGGCUGCGUCUGCCAUUCAGGGGAUCCUGGCCGCUGACCCCAGGUCAGUGUAUCGGAGGAGCCGCUGUGUGGACAGGCUGUUCUUCUUCACCUUGGACACGGCGGACAUCACCUGCUGGUUCGGACCGGGCUUUGCUGAGGUCCUGCAAGUCAAACCGCUGGCUGUUUGAACUAACCUGGACAGCUGAAUGGUUCUGGCUCUAUUUUCUUUUUUGAAGAUUAUUAUUUUUAAUAAUUUUUAAUUUUAAGGAAGUUGAAUAACUGUAUACUCACAUGCAAUGUUGUAAGCUGUGUUAAGGCCCAAAUUCAACUGGAUUGAUUUUGGAUUUCAUCCCUCUAAAAAUAGAUUUGCAAAUUAAAAUUAUUGAACUAAAGAAAUGCUGUGUUAAAAACAAACAUUUGAUGGAUUGUUUUUCUUGUGUAAAGAUAUUGUUGAAAUAGUUUGAUGUAUAGUAUGAUUGAAUCCCUUUCUCUUAAUAGUACAUUCUUAAAGCAUUUAUCUCAAGCACUUCUUUCCUGGGAGGAAGACUGUCAGUAGACUGUAUUACAGUGUCAGAAUGGUAACGGUUAGUCGAGGUGUGUUCACUGCCGUCACUAUGGGAGUUAGACUGUUUCACUUGGCUAUAAUAGAUUCCAAAACUAUUUCUCAACCUCUAAAGUCUGAGUCAUCCAAUGUCCAGCACAAAGUAUUUUAAAAGCAAUGAUUUAUUUUGCGGCUGGGAUCUUAAUUGCCUUCUGUGCAUUUCCAGGGACACAACAGGCUGAGGGAUCUGGCAAAGUCUCAUUGUUGGAUGUAGUGGAAUGUUUCAUUGCCUGGCGCAGAUUUAUUACUAGAACAACUCCCCUUUCCAAUAGCAACAGCAAGUCGCUCAUUUGAACCACUGAGGUGUGUGUGUGUGUGUGUGUGUGUGUGUGUGUGU